UCGCACAAUGAGUUGAAUUUGUGAAUACUACUACUUAAUAAUUGAGAUUGCAUUUUUUGAGAGGGGAAACGCCUAACAUGCUCGUCCAGUUCCCAUCCCAACAAGAAAGAAACCCAAGGGCUUGAUUGGGGCCAACAACAAAACAAUUCAAUUCAAUUCAAUAUGAUGAAGAUUGCAUUGGUGAUAGUGAUGCUGAUGUUGUUGUGUGGCGCAGAAGCAUCGAUAGGCAUCAAUUGGGGAAGGGAGAGUGCCCAAAGAUUGGUCCCAUCACAAGUUGUGGAUUUGUUGUUGCAAAAUGGAAUUGGACGAGCAAGAAUCUAUUCCUCUCAAAAAGAUAUUAUGUCUGCAUUCCAAGGAAGCGGCAUUAAUUUGACCUUAAGCAUAAACAAGCUUUCUGCAAUAAAAACCAAGGAAUUGGCAAAGGCGUGGGUCAAGAAAAACGAAUUCUAUAUCAAUCGUUGCAACGUAAGGUACGUCUAUGCUGGCGGGUAUCCAUUUCUUACCACGAGUUCGGCGUCAUUGAGCGAGGCAGUGAACGCACAUCGUGUGCUGCAGGACGUUCUGAACAAGCGUGGGUUCGGGCACGUGAAGGUGAACUUCCAACACCUCGAAAGCGAAUUGAUACCCAACGUCACAAAGCCAUCUGAAUUCGAGUUCAGCGACACCAUCAAGCCAUACAUGAUCCAGCAUUUGCAAUUCCUCAGGGAAAACAAUGAUGCACUUCAACUCGAUAUCAUCCCAAUCUUCGACGUCGUUAACUAUAACUUCGACCCCAGUUUCGCCUUCCCGGACAACGCUUCCUCCCUAGUCAUCCAGGACGUCAACGGUGCUGUCUACAACAACGUCGUCGAGUGGCGCUACGACUCCUUCUUGUGGGCCGUUGAAAAGCUCAACUUCUCCGACAUCCCUAUAGACAUCAGCCUACUAGGCUGGCCCACCGACGGGUUCCCUGGAGCCAACGCCUCGAAUGCAGAGUACUUUUACAAGCACGCCCUAACUUGGUUGGCUAGCAACAGGGGCACCCCAAAGCGGCCCGGCCGCCCCAUAAAUGUUAAUGUGCACAGCCUCGCCGACGAGCACAAAAUUCAGUCCUUGCCUUUCACACGCCACUUUGGCAUCUACCGCUCCAACGGCCAGCCCAAGUAUAAGAUCGAUCUCUCAGGGCAGGGGAGGGACAUCUACCCCACCACCGUCCGUGGGAUUAUGCGCAUGCCAGACAGGUGGUGUGCCUUCAAUGGGGACCGCCGUGACAUGGGCAAGGUGCAGGCCCAGCUCAACUGGGCCUGCAAGCAAAGCGACUGCACCAGCACCUUCGAAGGUGCCUCAUGCAGCUCCCUAACAUUAGAACAGAACAUUACCUAUGCCUUCAACAUGCAUUUCCAGUACCAGUUCCAGGACGAGAAGUCCUGCGAUUUCGAGGGCUUGGGCCGCGUCGUCGUCAACGAUCCCUCAACAGACGUCUGCGUCUUCCCCGUCGAGGUAGUCAAAGGCCAGCAGGUCAACUUUCUUCCCAACAACUCUGGACACGCCUUCCGCCCUUCCACUGCCUUCUUCUACCUUUCAAUCCUCCUCUUUUUUUCCUAUCAAACUCUAUAUUUUUGAUUUAUCUGCCUAGGACAUUUUUUUGUAAGGGUAGAUAAACUAUGUAGUUUGAUCAUACUUUUGUUAAUUUAUUAUUUUUGUAAACAGCUAUAAAUAAAAUAAAAGAAAUCAAAUAUUACUCCCUCGCUA